AUGUGGAUGUUUCGAACUUUAAGAGCUCUAUGGCUCCUGAUCAAUCUCAUUGUCCAGUGUUCCAGUAAUCUACAUCCGGGCUUUUCUCGACUUGAACAUGGACACCGACUGGACGGAAGCGUGAUCAAUUCCUUCCCAGAAUUCAGUUUUCUGGACUGUGUAACAGAGUGUUUAGUUACUCCACGUUGCGUAUCAGUUAAUUAUUGCAAAGGAGCAAAUUUUUGUGAACUGAAUUAUGAAAAGAAAGAGACGGCAAAUAUUAAGUUUCCGGAGAGUCCUGGGUGGGUUUACAGCGAAAAAGAUCACUGGCCAAAGGAACUAGCAGGUGUAUGUUCUAACUCAAACUGCAGCCUCCACGAAAAAUGUGCACACAAAAAAUACACAAAGGAGACACACUUUAAAUGUGUUAUUUCAGACUGUGGGAUACCAGAUAGAACAGGCAACCUUGAUUUUUCUCAAACAAAACGUGAGGACGCCAUUGGUAUACACAGGAGGAUACACGCCUCGUGUUCUGAAGGGUACUACCGAAUUGGUUCAGGACGACUGACCUGUCAAUCAAACGGAGAGUGGAAAUACGAUAUCCUGUGUGAAGAUGAAGACGGUUGGAAAAAAUACGGACAACGCAUUUAUCGUCUGGCUACUGAAAGAAAAGCAUGGAAUAGUGCUAAAAUAUAUUGUGAAUCUAAAGGCGCUUAUCUAGUAGAGAUUGACUCCUUGGAUGAAAAUACUUGGGUCAUUGAAAACAUUAUUGUUCCGAACCUGCCCGAUGACUGCAGUAUUUGGGGUUGUACAGUAUGGAUUGGUGGAAACGAUCGAGAGAAUGAGGGACAUUUUGUUUGGAGCAGGGAUGGAAAUCCAACAACUUUCACAAAUUGGGACAGCGGAAAUCCUGAUAACUAUAAUGGGAACGAGGACUGCAUAGAAAUGAGACAUGAUGGGAUUUGGAAUGAUAGGCGGUGUGAUCAUCGGACGCUUUUUGUUUGUGAAAAAGAUAUCAAUUAGAGUAUCCAAUGCAGUUAGUAGAAUAUUAUUAGCACAUUCAGUUACAAAAAUGUUCGUACCAAUAUUUUUGCUUACGUGAAAUAAUGCAUUGAAGACUUUUUAGAUAGUAU